AUGAAUCUUCCCAAGAACUACAAUGUCUACUUCCUGUGCUCCUUCAUCACCCUUGGUGGUGGCUUGUUUGGUUUCGAUAUCUCGUCCAUGAGUGGCGUGCUCGGUACCCAAGCCUAUACCAACUACUUCCAGGUCGGAGGCGGCAACUACAAACAGGGCGCCAUCACCUGUGCCAUGCCCUUUGGGUCUCUCGUCGGUGCGCUGUGCUCUAGUUUUCUGGCCGACAAAUACUCGCGUGUAUCUGCCAUCCAGUUCUCAACCAUCCUGUGGAUUAUCGGUUCUAUCUUUAUGACCGCCUCAAAUGGAAUCGCUCUGCUCGUCGUCGGUCGUGUCGUUGCCGGCCUGUGUGUUGGUAUCGCGUCGGCCAUGGUGCCCGUCUACCAGGCAGAGGUUGCGCCCAAGGAGAUCCGUGGCCGUGUCAUUUCGCUCCAGCAGUGGGCAAUUACCUGGGGUAUCCUAAUCCAGUACUUUAUCCAAUACGGCGCCAGUAACGUCGACGGCGGCCCUAACAACCCCACCCAGAGCACGGCAGCCUUUCGUAUCCCCUGGGGUAUCCAGAUGGUGCCCGGCUUCAUUCUCUUCUUUGGUCUGUUCUUCUUCCCAAAAUCGCCGCGUUGGCUGGCAAGCAAGGACCGCUGGGACGAGGCCAUGCUUGUCCUGGCCAACCUACAUGGCAAAGGCGACCCGAAUCACCCCAAGGUGCUGGCGCAGUACCGCGAAAUCGAAGAGGCGCUCGCCCUCGAACGGGAACAGGCCUCGACCUCCUACCAGGAGCUGAUCAAGCCACGCAUCGCCAAACGCGUCAUUCUGGGCAUGAGCUUGCAGAUGUGGUCACAGCUCUGCGGUAUGAAUGUAAUGAUGUAUUACAUAGUAUAUAUAAUGCAGAGUACCGGAACCGGCUCCCCUCUCCUCACGGCAUCGAUCCAAUACAUCCUCAACACGGCCCUGACCCUCCCGGCCAUCAUCUACCUGGACCGCUUCGGCCGGCGCCCCGCGAUCCUGAUCGGCUUCGCCUGCCAGGCCGUGUUCCUCUACAUCGAGGGGGGUCUGCAGGCUGGCUACGGCGAGCCCAACCCGCACACUGAUCCGGCGCUGGACGCCAUUUCCUGGACAGUGGCCUCGCACCCGGCGGUGGGCAAGGCGAUCAUCGCGAUGUCCUACCUGUUCGUGUGCUCGUUUGCGACGACCAUCGGUCCGACCAGCUGGACGUACCCGGCCGAAAUCUACCCGGCUAAGGUGCGUGCGAAGGCUGUGUCGCUGGCCACAGCGUCCAACUGGAUCUGGAACUGUCUGCUGGCGCUGUUUGUGCCGCCGCUGUUGUGGUCGAUCAACUGGAAGAUGUACAUGAUUUUUGCGGCCUUUAACACGGCGGCGUUCAUCCACAUGUUCCUCACGGCGCCCGAGACCAAGGGCUACACGCUCGAGGAGAUGGAUGAGGUCUUUGACAGCGGCCUGCCGGCCUGGCGUAAGCUCAAGAAGCGCAGCCGUCUGGAGGAGCUGGAGGAGGAGAUUGCGCAGGGCAAUUUGAAGGUGACGGCGGCGAAGGAGGAGGCUCCUGUGACGCCGGAGAAGCAGGUGUGA